UAGUUUUACCGUCACAACACUGGCAACUCAGUUAUUUUCCGCAGCUGUUGGUGGACGUACGUUGUUGUGUUCCGCAUACUCGAAUUUUAGAGAUAAUAUUUGGCGGUCCCAGGAUUUUAAUAAAGUAAAAUAAACUAGGACAAAAUGGCUCUCGGAGGAGGAAUGUCGUGUGUGAAAUACCUGCUGUUUUGCUUCAACCUUUUGUUCGCGAUCACGGGUAUGAUCAUAUUGAUCGUGGGCGCCAAGGCCAUGAUCAGUCUCUCUCCCUACAUCGACCUGACGGGAGAGAACUUCUACACUAGCGGACCGGUGGUACUGAUCAUCGUCGGAGUGAUCGUCUUCAUCGUCGCCUUCUUCGGAUGCUGCGGCGCCGUCAAGGAGAACCACUGCAUGAUCAUCACGUUCUCAAUAUUCCUGCUGGUCAUCUUCGUGGCUGAGCUGGCUGUGGGCAUCGCGGGCUACGUGAAGCACCAGGACCUGGAGAACUCCAUCAUCCGCAACCUGAACGCCACCAUCAAGGACUACCCCACCAACCCUGACGUCAAGAACAGCUUCGAUAUCAUCCAGACUGACCUGAAAUGCUGCGGCAUCUACGGUCCAGGCGACUGGAAAAACAACAGCAUGCCCAUCCCUGACAGCUGCUGCUCGGCUCAAGAGAUCAAGGGCGACGUGGUGGCGGCCUGCAAGCCCGAGAACGUCUACCAGGAGGGUUGCUACAAGAACGUCGUGUCUUUCCUCAACAGCAUCGCGGCCGUGCUUGGCGGAGUCGGCCUGGGCAUCGCCGCUGUGCAGCUCUUGGGAGUGAUAUUCGCGUGCUGCCUGGCGCGCUCCAUCCGCAGCCAGUACGAGACGGUGUAAGCCGCACGUUCCCAACUCUCGGUGUCUAUUUACGUAUCAAUCAGUGUCUAUUCCAACUACAGAUAUUUUGUGAUUUAAGUACAUGUAAUUAUUAAGUAAUACUGUAUUACGGAAUAAUUUAUUAUUUUUUAUUAAUGUUGAUUUUCAGAUUUUUAUAUUAAUUUUCUACUACAAUAUUUACUAUGAAAUGGUUUAUCCAUUCAAUGAUUUUUAUACGUAGUUUUUUAUAAUGAUUCCAUUUUUCUCUUAGCCAAUCUCAUAUUUAUUAUUCUUAUCUUCCAGAAUCGAUGCUCUGUUUGAAAGACGUAGGCCUGUAGUUUUGUUUGAGUGGAAAGCACUACGCACGGACCCUUUACAAUUUUCACAACCGUCAAGUGUGCUCAGUGUAGAAGACUGAUUUUCGAAUAGAAAUGGUUGGAUGCAAAAACCAAAAUCAUCUCCAAUUUUGUUACCUUUAUAUUGUAUUUUAACUCGAUUUUAUUAGACAAUUAAAAUGUAAUCUUCGUACUUCAUAUUAGCCGAGUAGCGCUAGUGCACAUAGUAUAGAGCCAAAGUUCAAUUUAGUUGCAGGCAAACUUAAAACGAUAGUAUCGUAUGGAUCUCUAUUCAACUUAAAGCGAACUUUGGAUGUGUGUUUCGGUCCCAAAUGUUUGUAGGUAUUAUAUUUAUAAUAAAAAUUGGCA